AUUUUCCAUGCCGAGAUUUUGGUGUUUUGCACACCCCCUGUCACCUUUUGACAUUUUUGUACCGUCAUUUUAAGUUUACACCCCUUUUUAUUUUUAAUUUUAUUCCCCAAUAAAUGUCUCGAGACCCCGAAAACCCCGAUGCCACCAUACCGCCCCCUCCGCCGCCCCCAAUGCCCAAUUUCGGCCGUGGUCCCGGCCGGAUGGGAUACCGGAGGCUGGAGGAAGACGACGAAUUGCUAAUGCCUCGCCCUAGCAUCCUCCUGCCUCACCUCCAAGAGUCUGAAAAGCGUUUUUUCGAGCUAGUUCACUCAGGUGACGUCGCCGCUGUUAACGACUUUCUCAACGAAAAUCCCGGUUUUAAUAUUAAUUGCGUCAAUUUCCAAGGAGUGUCGGGUUUACUAAUCGCGGUUCAAAGCCGCUCUGAGGCCAUGGUUGAGUUUUUGUUAUCACAGCCCGAUAUUGAUAUUGGAGAUUGUGUCCUGCAUGCAAUUAGGGACAACCAACCCAAAAUCCUCGAACUUCUUUUGGAAAAACAGAGAAACACGGCUCCGAGUCUGGAGUACGUGGGGGUCACUCACAGCUCGGAUUUUCCCGAUUAUGUGACGCCUUUGAUUCUGGCGGCGCAGUGUGGUCACUACGAGAUCAUCGAAAUGUUGAUUGAUCGGGGGCACACCAUCAGCAAGCCCCAUUCGCCCUCCUGUAGGUGCAUGGACUGCAAGGCGCAGCUCGAACGCGACGACCUCCUCCAUGCCGAACACCUCCGCCUCAACCUGUACAAAUCGGUGUGCAACCCUGCCUACAUCUGCCACUCCUCACGCGACCCCAUCCUCACCAGCUUCCAACUCUCAACCGAACUACGUCAGUGCUCCUUCCUAGUCCCGGAAUUCCGCAACAGCUACCUCGAACUGGCCAACGAAGUGAGCAAUUUCGCAGUGGAACUCAUCGCCGGUUGUCGCAACUCAGGCGAAGUCGAAACGAUCCUAAAGCAGAAAGCUGGCAUUCAGAACGCCAGCAUUUUCAUGUACCCUCGACUAGUCCUAGCGAUGGACUACAAGCAAAAAUUCUUCGUGGCACAUGCCCACGUCCAGCACAUUGUUGAGUCCCUCUGGCGGGGCAACUGGUACGACUACAACCUCAAGCCGAUCCCGGCGAAGAUCAUCUACCCCAUUUUUCGGAUUCUGCUCCUUCCGAUCAUUGUAGUGAUGUGUAUUUUUUUGCCGAAGCACCAGAUGGUGGCCCAUUGGAACAUCCCGCUCAAUCGGAUGAUUAACCAUGUGGCGGCUUUUUUGGUCUUCUUGGUGAUUAUUUUUCUAGAGUCGAAUAGGUCCAAAGAGAAUCAGAAGCGAAUGCCUCCAAAUUCGGGGCUCGAGCCCGUGAUUAUAAUCUUCGUGGUGGCGAAUUGUUGGAGUGUUGUCAGGAUGUGUCUCAUUCAGGGGCCCCGGAGGUACUUUACGUACCUCUGGAACUGGCAUGCGGUCAUUUCUAACACUUUCUUCGUCCUUACUUUCGUUUUCUGGUUGGCUUCGUACGUCGAUGCGGUCAAUAACGACCAAGUGGACUUGGAGCGGAAGUAUUGGCACCAUCUCGACCCGGUUUUGAUCGCGGAAGGUACUUUUGCAGUUGCCGUCAUCAUGACCUAUUUUAAGCUGAUGUUUUUUUGCCGACUGAACUACUAUUUAGGACCUUUGCAAAUUUCUUUGGGCAAAAUGUGCUCCGACAUGGCCAAAUACAUCACAAUCUUCAUCAUUAUCAUAAUUUCGUUCACCGCUGGGUUGUGCCGAUUUUACAGUUACUACGAUGGUAUGGUCCAAGUUGACUCAAACGGGAUCAAAACGGCUCAAGUCUCCUCAUUCAUCGACUUUAGCACAACUUUAAAAACUUUUUUCUGGGCUGUUUUCUGCAUGGCCCCUCUUGAAACUGGCGAUGUGAUUAUCGAGAACCUUCCAGGGGAUACCGAAAACACCACAAUUAUCAACAAGCACCUCUUUACCGAAGCAGUGGGUUAUAUCGCGUUUGCCCUCUUCGAAGUGCUCACAGUUGUGAUGAUUCUCAACAUGUUAAUUGCGACGAUGUCGUCGACGUUUCAACGAGUCCUCGACAAUAUCGACGUCGAAUGGACGUUUGGAAAAACCGAUUUUUAUCUAGAGUAUAUGCUACAACCCACACUUCCACCACCGUUGAAUUUGAUUCCAACUCCUAGCGGAAUUUCGGCGUUUAUGGAGUGGUUUCAAUCGCCAAAAGUUGAUCCGCGAGAAGAAGAAAAGAGAAAUGAUUAUCCUGCGCUCAUGUCGCAGUUGGUGCAACGAUAUUUUAGGGACAAAGAUUCGGCCGCGAGUCCUGAAAACGACUUGGAGUUCCUCAAGCAGGAAAUCGCAGAAAUUAAGCAAGCGGUUAAUGACCUAUUAGAGAAGGAGUAAUUUUUUUUAAUAAAAUAUUUUAAAGAUUA